AUGAUCAGAGAAGGAUGGCCAGAUGCUAGAAAUAAAGCUCCUGAGUGUGCUAGAGCUUUUUAUAAUUAUAGAGAUGAACUGCAUACUGAAGAUGGUUUAGUGUUCAAAGAAAAUCAUUUAAUUGUUCCUAAGAGUCUCAGGAAACAGAUGUUGGACAUUGCACAUCAAGGACACAUUGGAGUGGAGGGUUGUCUAAGAAGGAUGAGAGAAGCGCUGUUCUGGCCAGGAAUGUCCUCAGAUCUGAAAGCAUUGGUUCAACAGUGUGAUGCUUGUUUGUCAAUUAGAGACCUUCCUCCUAAAGAACCGAUGAAAAGUCAUGAGUUUGCCCUUCAUUCAUCGUCAAAAGUAGGAGCUGAUCUAUGUCAUAUUGAUAAUCGGAUGCUCCUUAUAGUAGCUGAUUAUUUUAGCAGUUUUCUUGAAGUAUCAAGAGUAAAUAAUACGACAUCGACUGCCAUCGUUAGAGAACUACAAAUUAUAUUUUCUCCUCGUGGAAUACCGGACCAGUUAGUAACAGAUAAUGGGCCACAGUUUAUCACACCAGAAUUCCGUUCUUUUGCAAAGACAUGGUCUUUUGAACACAUUACGUCUAGUCCAAGGUAUGCACAAUCAAAUGGAAAGGCUGAGAAUGCCGUGAAAAUAGUAAAGAAAAUGUUCACAAAGUGUAAACUGACUGGAGAAUCAGAGUUUUUGGCUUUACUUAAUUGGAAUAGCACGGCAACAGAAGGCAUAUUGACUAGCCCAGCCCAAAUACUUAUGGGUAGACGUUGUAAAACUAUCAUGCCCUGCAUGUCAUCAUUACUAAAGCCUAGAUAUCCUACACAGCAAGAUUCUUUAGUUAUCUUGGAAAAAAUGGACAAGCAGGCCCAUUACUAUAACAGAGGGACACGUGCAUUGAAGCCUAUACCCGCAGGAGAGGUGGUACGCCUCAGACUGCCAGGUAGUAAGAUAUGGACUCCUGCGCUUUGCAUGGGAGAAGUCGCUCCUAGAUCUUACAAAGUCAAGGUGGGAAAUAGAGUGUAG